UGUAUUAGGUUGUGCAAUAGAUUUAUGUCAUUAGUUUCACAUCUGCUUUACUUCAUAAAGCACCGUUGUGAAAGCAUCCCAUCCGAGCGAUUUAUUCAACAGCUUCUUAUCAGUUACAGGAUCAAGAUGGUAGACACAAAAGAAGAUAACCAGCCAUUUUCAGCCACUGAGCAAAACACCAACUUCAUCUGGUCACCAAAGGGGAAGAUUUUAGCUCUUGAAAUUACUAUAUGUGCCAUUGCGACUAUUUGUAAAGCAGUGUCCUUUGUAUGCUACCUUUGGGGCUGCAUUACAGAGCUGGUCUGGGCCAUUUUCAUGUUCAUCGUUUAUGCCAUGGACCUGCAAACCUACAUGCACCUAUCGCUGAUGUAUUUACAAUGGCUGGACUUCUUUAGAGCAACCACAGGAUCGCUCAUCCUUCUUGUUACUUCUCUUGUCUGUCUUAGCUGGGGGCGGGAAAGUGCCGGGGAAGUUUUUGGUUCGAUUUUUGCUUUGCUGGCAGCGGCAGCGCUUGGAUAUGAUGCCUUUGGCAUAAUCAAAUACAUAAAAAACCUGAAACAGCAGGGCAACUGUUAAUGCUGCUAUGAUCUAAACUGUGGUUCACUCAUUACAACAGGAACUCACAUAUGAUAUCAGUUGAUAAUUUUGUAGAUUUUUUGUCAUGUCUUGUUAGCAUCUAAAAAUCUAGAUUAGAAAUUAUACAUUUUUAAAUCUACUUCAUGUCAUGCCAUUAAAGAGUGGAAUUAUUA